UCCAAGUGUCAUAUAACUGUCAAUUUAAAUUUCAUGUUCAAAAUUUGACAUUCCUUUUUGGAGAUGAUCUUAUAUGUCAUUUCAAAAAACUUUAAAAUAUUUUUUAAAAUUUAUUUAAUCUUUGCAGUUGCUAAUAAAUAUUUGUGUACUUUUGCUUCCUUUUUAAAUAUAACAACCAGGUAUGAAGGAAAGUUUAUCAGGGAAAUUAUUGACAAGAUCACUAAACUACUCCAAAGCCCGACUCCAAUUGAAAUAGCAUUUACUGACAGCGCUAAGUCUCCCAUUUCUACGCUUCCGGGGAAGUUACCUGGCACUGGAUCUACUUCCGGCUCCAGCGAGUACCAUUGCUCCAACUCCAAGAGGAGGAAUGGACCCGGUCAGUAUCCCGAGUCAGUUGCCGCCGAUGGCGUUCCAGUGCCGUGCAAGAAAUCACUCGUUCGACACCCGUCUCUUGUAUGUUUCAUUCAUUCCUCUGCUUCUGCAUUUUUCCAUUUGGGUUUCUUAGAUGAUUAGUGAUUAAUUGUAUGUUUAAGCUGUUAAUUAUGUAGAAAUGGGUUCUAGAAUUUUGAUUAAUUAAGCUUACUUGCUAUGAGUAGUUCUGUUUUUCGGAGUAUUGAAGAUCUGUUUUCGUAGCGAUUAAAUUGUCGAUUAUAAAUUCUCUGGUCUUGGUGCAAUUGUUGAAUGUGUGAAUGGGAUUUUGCAGAUGAAGACGAAAACAAAAGAGAUGAAAGUUGAGCCGGGAGUUCAAGCAGAGGACUUUGAACCUGAUUUCAUUCCAAUUGUCCGCUCCGGAGCAUGGGCUGACAUUGGGUGUCGUUCAUACAUGGAAGAUGUGUAUGUCUGCGUGGACAAUUUUAUUGACGAUUAUGGGCUCAAGGAUCAUACCGAUGGCCCAAGCGCCUUCUAUGGGGUGUUUGAUGGACAUGGAGGAAAGCAUGCGGCUGAUUUUGCUUCAUCUCAUCUGCCGAAGUUCAUUUUGGAGAAUGAAGACUUCCCUACAGAUAUUGAACGGGUUGUCACUUCAGCAUUUCUGCAUACUGACACUGCCUUUGAGGAAGCUUGCACCUUGGAUGCCAAACUUGCUUCUGGUACCACUGCAUUGAUAGCUCUUGUCAUUGGAAGGUUGUUGGUGGUUGCAAAUGCUGGAGAUUGUCGAGCAGUGCUGUGCCGCCGUGGAAAAGCAAUUGAAAUGUCAAGAGAUCACAAACCAAUUUGCAGCAAAGAGAAGCAACGGAUCGAGGCAUCUGGAGGACAUGUGGAUGAUGGUUACCUUAAUGGGCAACUUAGUGUUGCUCGUGCCUUGGGAGACUGGCAUAUGGAAGGGAUGAAGGCCAGGGAGGGUGGGCCACUCAGUGCAGAGCCGGAACUUAUGACCGCAAAGUUGACAAAGGAGGACGAAUUCCUUAUCAUUGGUUGUGAUGGGAUCUGGGAUGUGUUCAGGAGUCAAAAUGCUGUGGAUUUUGCUCGUCGGAGGCUUCAGGAGCACAAUGACCCAGCCGCGUGUAGCAAGGAUUUGGUUAAUGAGGCUUUGAAGAGGAACAGCGCGGACAACUUAGCUGCUGUCGUCGUCUGUUUCCAACCACAGCCUCCGCCUAAUUUGAUUGCCCCUCUCUCAAUCUCAACAUCUCCGAAAAAUCUGGCAUUCUUUCCAAUGCAGCGCCCUGAUUCGCUUCCAGGAUUUCCAACCUCGUCGGUAAAUUCGGAAUUGCCUGAAGCAUUGUGCAAUUACCCAACUGUAAAGUUUGAAGCUUGGAAAGGCCAGUGACGAUAGGUAGUGCAGUAAAAUCAUUGCCUCUUAGAUCUAAAACUUCUAAAGAAGAUAUAGACCCGAGAUCCUCAGGAAUUGCAUCAUUUGUUAAAUUGGAGUUCGCAAGAGAGAUAUUUAAGGCACUUCAGUUGUACUAUGGAAGGGUGAACCUCGGACAAACUCUUGCAGUCUCUGAGUAUCAAUCUCUCGAGAUUGGGGA